AUGACCACGGAUAUGCUGUUUGCCAUCUUCGCCAAUGUGCUGGGCGUGUCGCUCUUCCUGCUGAUGGUUCUCUAUCACUACGUGGCGGUCAACAGCCCCAAGAAGCAGGAAUGA